CAUGAGCCAUGGUAAAGGGAUCAGCGAUUUGAAAAGAAGCCUGUGUGCCACCAGGAUGCCUAUGAAAUGGAUUUCAGUUCUGCUGCUGCUACAGCUGAGUGGUCACUUCAGCCCUGGGAGUUGUGGAAAGGUGCUGGUGUGGCCCACAGAAUACAGCCACUGGAUCAACAUGAAGACCAUCCUGGAUGCACUUGUCGAGAGAGGUCAUGAAGUGACUGUUCUGACAUCUUCAGCUUCAAUUCUUGUUGACCCCAAUAAACCAUCUGCUAUUCAAUUUGAGGCUGAGGUCAUUGUUUUGUCUGAAUUAAGUGAUCAAAUGACAUUCAUGGAGCGAGUAAAAAAUAUGAUGUACUUGCUUUAUUUUGACUUCUGGUUCCAAACAUAUAAUCAGAAGAAGUGGGAUCAGUUUUAUAGUGAUGUACUAGGAAGACCCACUACAUUAUAUGAGACAAUGGAGAAAGCUGAAGUAUGGCUCAUUCGAACCUAUUGGGAUUUUGAAUUUCCUCGCCCAGUCUUACCACAUUUCGAUUUUGUUGGAGGCCUCCACUGCAAGCCUGCCAAACCCCUGCCUAAGGAGAUGGAAGAGUUUGUCCAGAGCUCUGGAAAACAUGGUAUUGUCGUGUUUACUUUGGGAUCAAUGGUCAGGAACAUAUCAGAAGAAAGAGCCAAUGUGAUUGCAUCAGCCCUUGCCCAGAUUCCGCAAAAGGUUCUAUGGAGAUUUGAUGGCAAGAAACCAGAUACCUUAGGGCCAAAUACUCGGCUCUAUAAGUGGAUUCCCCAGAAUGACCUUCUUGGUCAUCCAAAAACCAAAGCCUUUAUAACUCAUGGUGGAACCAAUGGCAUCUAUGAGGCAAUCUACCAUGGGAUCCCAAUGGUGGGCCUUCCUAUGUUUGCGGAUCAACCUGAUAACAUUGCUCGCAUGAAGACCAAGGGAGCAGCUAUCAGAAUGGACUUCAACACCAUGUCUAGUGCAGAUUUGCUCAAUGCAUUGAAAACAGUCAUUAAUGACCCAUCAUAUAAGGAGAAUGCAAUGAGAUUAUCAAGAAUUCAUCAUGACCAGCCCAUGAAACCUCUGGAUCGAGUGGUCUUCUGGAUCGAGGUUGUCAUGCGCCACAAAGGAGCCAAACACUUGCGGCCAGCCUCCUAUGACCUCACCUGGGUCCAGUACCACUCUUUGGAUGUGAUUGGGUUCCUGCUGGCCUGUGUGGCAAGUGCUACAUUUGUCAUCACAAGAUGUUGUCUGUUGUGUUACCAGAAGUUUGCUAAACCUGGAACGAAGAAAAAACGGGAGUAGUUGUUUCAAGGCCUGAAGCUGACACGCCUGAAGCUGAUAUGCCUCCUUUGGUUUAUUCAUCACAAUGAAGUUGUAACAUAAGGAUCCCUUCUUCCUGUGACAAAAUGACUUUUCACAAUUUGGCUUCUCAAAUCAAAAUUUGUUUUCAAGUAAUUUACUGUCUGUUUAAGAGUUAAAAAUAUUCAUGCCAAAGAGAAAAAAACUGGGCAAAAAUAACAAUAAAACAAUG